UGGGUGUUAGCUGUCGUGGCGCAAUUACCAUUGGGCUAAAGUAAACUAUAAAGGACGGAAUUAAGAAACAGGUUGUAUUUCUUUCUGUGCAGAGUAUCCUCAAUGUCAGGAAAGAGAAAGAGGGGUGACGUGGGCGGGGCUAAUAAAAAACCAAGAACUAAUUUAAAAUUCAAACUGAGCUGGAGGGAGGAGGGAGAGCUAAAACCAGGAGUACCCAGUCUAGUGUACCUUGACGGGUCUGAUGCCACACCCUCUAAGAGUGUCGCUGGGUUUGAUAUCGACUGGACUAUCAUUCGGACUAAAAGUGGACGAAAGUUUCCAACAGGACCGAGCGACUGGACCUUCUUUGAUCCGAAAGUUUCCGUCAAGCUAAAGGAACUUUACGAAGAAGGAAAGAAAGUUGUGUUUUUUACAAAUCAAGGAGGAAUUGAGAAAGGUAACACUACAAUUAAAGAGUUGCAAGAUAAAUAUGAAGACAUCAUUAACAGUCUGGACAUACCAGUUCAAAUAUUUAUAUCAACCGGUAAUGAUCACUACAGGAAACCAGGACCUCUUAUGUGGGAGUAUAUGGAGAAGAAUUGUAAUGGAGGGACCAGUAUUGAUCAAUCAUCCUCACUGUAUGUUGGAGAUGCAGCUGGAAGGAAGAAGGACUGGAUCAAAGGGAAGCCAAAGGAUUUCUCUUGCUCUGAUCGGAUGUUUGCCGCUAAUGUGGGUGUGCCUUUUUAUACUCCCGAGACCUUCUUUCAAGGACUCAAGGAAGCUGGUUUUGAGUGGGGGAGCUUGAAUGUCACAGAGUUUUUAAAAACAACCCAAGGAAAAAUCCAACCUGAAAAACUACACAGGGAUGAACAAGAGGUUGUACUCUUGGUUGGUCGACCUGCUUCUGGUAAAACCACAGUUGCUAAGCGUUACUUUACUCCUCGUGGAUACACACAGGUCAAUCGGGAUACUCUGGGGACUAAAGAGAAAUGUUUGAAAGUAGCAGCGGAGGGAUUGAAGAAUAAAAAGAGCAUAGUGGUUGACAACACUAACCCAAAGAGGGAAGACAGAAAGGCUUACAUUGACCUAGCAAAGAAGAGCAGUGUCCCUGUACGAUGUAUUCGCUUGAAAGUAUCACCAGAACUCUCAUACCACCUCAACAUGUACCGGCAGAAUAAGAGCAAAGGUGUAGAGAGACGUGUACCAAUGGUAGCCUAUAGGACCUUUGAUAAGUACUUUGAAGAACCGAAAGUCUCUGAGGGUUUUUCAGAAGUGAUUGAACUUGAUUUUGUUCCGUCAUUUGAGUCAGAAGAAGAUGAAGGUAUGUUCAAGCAAUGGACUAACAUGUAGUCCUAACUUAUCAAUGAGUAGAGUAACAGUAACUUAUUAUUAUAUUAACUAUUCUUUGUAAUAGCUACUUUAUUGUUAUUAUUAUUAUUAUUAUUAUUAUUAUUAUUAUUAUUAUUAACAACUACUCUUGUUAUUAAUUAUUCUAGAAAAUAUAAAAAACAGCUUAUCAUCUUGGCCUAAACC